AUGCGUAGCAUUCUUCGUGCAGUUAGCAGCCUACUGCUUCUCAGCAGUACCGGCGUCAUGGCCCCCGGCCCCGGACAACUCACACCGCCUGGCAACCCUGGAGGGCACUCCUUUCUGAUUUCGAAACUCACAACCACCAUCAUGCAAGUUGCACACUUCGGCCGCAACAGCGGUAUAUUGGACCCGGACGGAAUCAUCGCAAACCCCAAAGCUAUUGAAGAAUAUUUUGAACUUGCAAAAGGCGCAGUGGGGAUCUGUCUCGACGACGUGGUGCACGGUGAUGAACCCCUUCGGAUCGAAAUCGGGAAGCCAGGCAAAGAUUUCAUCGACAUCCCCAACGCGCCGGCCUCAUGCGUCGCCAUCAUCAAGGUAGCCACGGGCUACCUGAGGGGCCAGGGUGCCGAGGAGACCUCGAUGGUAUCACUGGUGCCGGGCAAUGACAGAGGGCUACGUAUCCAGGGUGUCAAAGCAAGUCAGAUGGAGGCUUUGCGGGAAAUGGCUGAAGAUAAAGACCUGGGAACCGACGGAGAGCACGGUGUCGAGAUCUACAUCGUGUGA